GAAUUGGCGUCCACCAGGGUCCCGCUGCAGGGGCCCCGGCUCUCCUUGCCCCCGGUGUCUCCGGGGGGAGGGGGCGUGCUCAAGGGCCCCUCCCGUAGCUCAGGACGGCGGGACAAGUGCAGGCCCAGAGAGACGUGCUGGAGGUGGAUGUGGUUGAGGUUGCAGAGUAAAGCUCGCUGAGGGGACAGCAUGGUGCCGGCGGCGAUGGGUUGGCUCGAGGGAACCAGGAGGGUCUGGGCCCUCGCAUCCACCUACCUGGCAACCACGGGCGCAGACCUAGAAAACAGGGGGGUGGAAACCAGCCCGUGAAGACCGGAGCCGAGGGAAGGACACCGAGGUGACGCGGCGGGAGCAGGCCCGGGAAGGCUCCGGCUGCUCUGGGCGGUAUUUAAAUGAGAUGCAAAUCGCCAUCGCCCGGCCAUUAGUUUCCACUGCAGUGUUUGCAGGUGGAGGCGAAUGUAACCCCCCCGGGGAUGGAGCGGGGCGGGUCAGAGAAUGCGGCUGCGCUCUGGAUCUCCGAGGUGGGGCGGGGGCCGGGAAGAGGAUGGGGGCCCGAAUGGACCCGGUCCCUUCUGCCGCAGUCCGGUCCUGCCCUCCAGCCUACCCACUAGCCCCAGAGGAAGAAGCCCAGGGAGACCAGCCCAGGUGCCCUGAAGUGGGGGUGGGGCAACGCGCGGAGUUUGGCUGGUUGAUGCAGGAAAGGGGCGGGGGCUGGAGGGGGAAAGGGUGUCAGCACGUCCACUCCGCAUCUGCGGGCUGCCCCGCACGUCCCCACCGGGCUGCAGCCUGCGCCCUCUCCCGGAACGGCGCUGCGCCCAUUCUCUCCGCAUCCGUCUCCAUCCUUCUGCCACCACCCCACCCCUUUUCUGUUCGUUUUUACUCCUCUGUCCUGCCUCACCCCGCGUGCCUGGCCCAUCCGUCCACACCCAAAGGGCUGAGCCCUCCUCACCAGGGUCCUGCUGGAACCGCUCCGGCCUUGGGCUUGUCCGCGGCUCCCACGGUCCCCGCCCGGCGGGGCACAGAAGAGGGGAGGGGCCCUAGGACAGCCCACUUGGCGCUGCGCAGCCGCACCCCUCCACGUAUGGGCGGGGCGUAGCUCAGGCCCGCCUCCAGCGUUUGACGUCUAG